CUUCAACAACUCUGAGUGAGGAUUCUCUCUCGGUACGAAGUGUUCAGUGUUGAUGAGACCCCAGAUAAAGAUCUCCCAACAAAUCAUACAGCCAUGGAUAUAUCCACUAUUAGUUCUGGUGAGAGUGACUCCAGCGAUACAAGAACAGUAAUCAACCAGCAACUGGAGAGGCUUCACCUCAGUGACUCUACUCACAGUAACUUUACUCAUUCCAAGUCUCAGAUUAGUCUCAGAAUAAUAGAAGAUGAGGAAAAUAAGGAAAACUCAAAAACUCUCAUAUCAGAUUCAAGUAAUAUUUCCUGCAGUACACAUUCUUCAAAUAUAUUAAGCUCUACUCCUCCAAAAUCUGUAAGCCCAAUUUCUCCUACACUCUCUUCUUCUUCAUCCACUUCAUCAUUGUCAUUGACCACCAACUCAGAAGUAGUCAUGAGACGCAGCAGUUCUAACAGGAGGAAUCCUGCUCAUCGAAUGUCCUUUCCUCUUACCCAGUCUCAGUCACCAAUGUCUGAUUACCACAUAUUGAAUGGAGCAUCAUCAUCAUCUGAGUGUGUUGAUGAUGUUGAGAAAACACCUACUAGCAGCAACAAACCUCGAGCACCGUUGCCAGACUGGUGUGAAGUUGGAGAGAGCAUACAAAUUCGACCCUAUAACUAUUCAGGGGUCAUUGUCUACAUAGGCCACACUGAGUUUGCACCCGGAACUUGGAUUGGAGUAGAAUUAGAUGUUCCUAUGGGCAAAAAUGAUGGUUCUGUAAAUGGUGUCCGAUAUUUUGCCUCUCGGCCAAAGUGUGGGAUGUUUGUCAAGCCAGAAAAACUACUUUUGGAUCGGAGAGGGCGUGCGAUGAGGCUUGCACGCAGUAAUGGUACAGAAGGCGGACUGGGUGAUAUGAAGCGCUCACGCUCCACUGCAGACAGACUUAGUGAUGUGGGCAUAAGGAGAAGCACCAGUAAAAGUAAUUAAUUUAUUAAUUAACAUUUUUAGCUUGCUGUGUUAAGUACUCUCAUUCACUACACCUCCCUCAUUAAAUAGUAAAUGAAUUUUUGCGUAGUUUUGAGUAUAAUUUUAAUAUAAAAUUAAGUUUAAAAAAUAGAAAGAUAUACUUUAUACAGUAUUUAUAUUUGUUUAUUGGGGAGUCCCAAAAAAAUAAAGGUUUCAGAUGUCUUUUUUCUUUCACGAGGCUCUCUGUGUUUCAUGUUUAAGUGAAAAUAUACAUGCAAAAAAUUAGACAGAUUGGACAAUAUUUGCAUGUACAGGAGGGCCUGGCUUUAUGGCACUUCUCUUUAUGGUGAUUUGCUAAUACGGACAUUUCAAAUUAUACCCAGAAAUUCAUUUAUACAGCCCAUGAUUCACCAUUAUGGCAUCUGCAUGCCACCUGUUCACUUUCAGCUUGUUUACAUCUUCUGUGAGCUCUGCAUCUCUCGAUUAUGUACAUAUUAUGUUUCAAGUGUUUAAAGUUAUUGCAUAUUUUAUUUAUACUCUUUUUGUGUUACAGUGAUAUCUAAGGUUAGUUGUGGUUAAAAGAGGAGUCAUAAGGCUCUUACUUUAAGUGCAAAGUUAGAAAUUAUUAAACUCAUUAAGCAAGGUACAUAUGUCAAUGGCUGAGAUAGUACUGAGAUACUUCUGAUAAUUUUACUUGUGUACCUGUACCUAAAUAAACUUACUGUGCUGGCAUGCAGGUACAUUAAAAUCACUAUUUGGCAUUGUUACAAAGUAGGACUAGCUAUUCCAGGUGAGGGAGUAGCUAAGAGUCUCACUGGUGCUGAAGACGCAAUAAGCACAAG